ACAUUGACUUUUUAAUUUUUCUCAUUUUAAAUGUUUCUAAAGCAUUUAUAACAGUUUAUAAGAUUAAUUAACGUUUCAUGUCAUGAUAAAAUGAAAAAUAACACAUAGAGUGCUGCUCAAAUAUUUCUUUCAAAUAAUAAUAAAUCAACAUUUGAAAAAUUGUUAAAGUUUAUAGUGAAACCAGUAGUGUUUAAAUAGUGAGGAUAUAAAUUUAGUGAAUAUAGAUCAUGUGGAAAGUUGAUUCAUUUACAACAGACGUUAUCAAUUAGUGUUCAAUUCAUAAUUUCAGUCUGAAAAUUUUGCAAUAUUUUCCGAGAAAAGCACACAAACAAAUACAUAGAAAGAAAUUAUACAUUUGUUAUUGUUCGAAAAAACUCGAUUGAUUAAGUAUAAAGCACUUCCACGGGAUCAUAAAAAGUUGCUUUAAUUUCUCAAAAGUUUAAUAUUAUUAAAAGUUUUUAAUUGCCAGUAAUAAUAACGUUUUCUAGCCAAAAGAACAGAUUGAGUAAAAAUAGGAAUACAAGAAGAAUCUUUUGAAGACAGCAGUUCUUUAAACUAUGCGCGUGGAUGUAUAGUUCCGAAAAUUUCCGAGGCAAAUAAAACUACGUGAAGAAAGCAAAUUAGUUUAAGAAAAAAAAAAUCAUAUAAAAUUCUCAAUCAAUGCAGUCUUAAUUCUCAUUAAUCAUGAGUACUCGAGGAACAGAAGAUGCUAUUGAGCAUCAUCUCGUUAACACAGACUCCUCCUCUGAUAUUCACAAAAGUUCGUCUAAUUCAACAAAAGGUAUGGGCAUUAAGGAAGUAUGUCUGAUCAUAGAUUUGACAGAGACCCAAGAGAACUAUGUUCACCGAAAAAUGGCUUACGAAGAAGUUAAAUUGGCUUGUCAGUCUAUCGCCUGCAAUCUUCAGCUUGUUCAAUUCGGAAAGUUAGAUUUUGGUGACACAAAUACUGCAGAUAUUUUUAAUAGCGCUGAUGUAGCAAUCGUUGAUUUAUCUAUUCAGCAUCAACAGAGUUCUUUAUCAUAUAAAAUUGGUAUUCGUGAGAGCUUUGAAAUGAAGAAUAAUGUUGUGCUUUGUAACGAUUUGGAUCAAGAGGCAACACUAAGGUUGAAAAUUUCAACUUCAAAUUACAUGUUUUUACCGUAUCGGUUAUCAGAGGAGAAAAAUUCGUGUAUUAUAACGAAUCCCGUAAAAGGAGGAGAAGAUAUUGAUGGCAAUAAGCAACAAACACUUUAUCAAAGAGUUAGAAAAAUUUUACUCGAUGCUGAGAUUCAAUCAAAAGCUCAUUUGAAGGAAAAAUUUUUGGCGGAUUUACGUGCAAUAAGGGAAUUGAAUGAUAUGGACGAACAAAAAAAGAAAUUAAGAAACAUGCGUAAGCGUCUUGAUGAUCCAAACGUCCUAUCUGGUGAUAUAUUUCAGUCUUAUAUGUAUUCAUUACGUGAUGUUCAAGACUAUGAUGCGAUGGUCAAUUUAGUAAACGAUUUGCAAACAGUUCCAAGUACUCAGAAAGUUAUGCAUACAGGUCAAAUGUCUUACCUAUAUGCCUUCGCUCUAAAUAGGCGCAAUUCAAGUGGAGAUCGCGAAAAAGCACUUCAAGUUUGUAUUAAGGCUCUAGAAAAGAAGAAGAAUCACUUUCCUGAUAUGCUCUGUCUAUGUGGACGAAUUUAUAAAGAUAUUUUUGUAGAAUCAAAUUAUUCUGAUAGUGAGUCAUUGCAAAAUGCAAUUCAUUGGUAUCGGAAGUCAUUUGAAGUACAACCUAAUGAAUAUGCAGGAAUUAAUCUCGCAACAUUACUCGUUAUUAAAGGAGACUCAUUUGGAACAUCUCAAGAAUUAAGGCACAUAGCAAUAGUUGUAAAUUCAUCCAUUGGACGGCGUGGUGAAUUAUCACUAUUGACUGAUUAUUGGCUUGUGGCAACAUUCUUUGAAAUUUCUGUUCUUGUUGAGGAUUACUCGAAAGCAAUAUUAGCAGCUCAGUGUAUGUUUAAGUUGAAACCACCGAAUUGGUUUUUAAAGUCGACCAUUGGAAAUAUUCAAUUGAUAAAUCAAUUUCGUGUCUCACAUGAAAACGAUUUAAUAUCACCAGAACGAAAAAUAUUUGACUUUUGGGUCGAAUUUUUCCUCGAAGCAAUUAACACGGAACGUGGAACUGAUAUACGUUUUCCAAUCAUAAUUUUUGAACAACAAAGCAAUAAAAGUAGCAAUCAUAAUGUCUUUAUGCCUUCGCACUUAAUUGUUAAUAUGGAUGUUGAGGAGAAGGAGAAGCGAUCAAUUGAAAUUAUAAAUAUUUGUGCUAAUCAUGAAAAUGAUAAUUGCAGAAAAAGACACAAUUUUCUGUUCACGGCCGAUCAAAUAAAGUCAGUAUCAUUGUAUAAACGUGAUGAACGGUGCCUUUACCUGUAUGUCUAUCAAAAUUCUGAUGAUUUUCAAAUAUUCUUUCCGUCCGUGAUAUGUCGACAAAGUUUCUAUGACUAUAUACUCGAAAUGACAAAAGAAGGCGAAUCGUUUGUAAGAUUAGAUGAAGAAUUUCCAACUGAAGAGAUUAAAUUUGAGUACGAAUUGGACGAAAAUAAGCAAAAAGUAGUAUUAGGAAAAGGAACUUAUGGAAAAGUUUAUGCUGGUCGAGAUGUUUUUACUCAGAUGAGAGUUGCAAUUAAAGAAGUGCCUGAAAAGAUUUUUGAUCUUGUUCAACCUUUACACGAAGAAAUAAAACUUCAUUCUCAGCUCCGUCAUAAAAAUAUUGUGACUUAUUUUGGAUCAGUAUCUGAAGAUGGAUUCUUUAAAAUUAUCAUGGAGCAAGUUCCUGGUGGUUCUCUUUCUGCUCUUUUGCGCUCAAAGUGGGGUCCGUUAAAAGAUAAUGAAAGUACGAUUGCACAUUACAGUAAACAGAUCUUAUUCGGUCUUAAGUACCUUCAUGACCAGAAGAUUGUUCAUCGUGACAUUAAAGGAGAUAAUGUUCUCGUCAAUACAUAUAGUGGGGUCAUUAAAAUUUCUGAUUUUGGGACAUCAAAAAGGUUGGCAGGAAUCAAUCCUAAAGCUGGGACUUUUACAGGGACAGUUAAUUUUAUGGCACCGGAAAUAAUUGAUCAAGGAAAUCGAGGGUACGGUCCUCCAGCAGAUAUUUGGGCUUUUGGAUGUACGAAUGUGGAGAUGGCAACAGGAAAGCCUCCUUUCAUCGAACUUGGAUCACAAGAAGCAGCAAUGUUCAAAAUUGGAUUUUAUAAGAAACAUCCAGAAAUACCCGAAGAAAUGUCGCCAAUGGCAAAGAAAUUCAUUUUAAGAUGCUUUACAGUGGACGUUGAUUUGCGAGCAACUGCAGCUCAAUUAUUAGAAGAUCCAUUUUUAUCAGAUAAACUUAGACGCUCCAGAAAUCUUAUACCUUCAUCUACAUCCACAAAUACAGUCGAUUUUUCUCGAAGCUAUUCAGUACCUGUCGACCGAAUGGUAACAAAACCUACAAGCAUACCUAAUACACAUCAACAAAGCGUAUCUGCAUGCAAUACUCCAACAACUCCAGAAUUUGAUUCCAUUAUUACACCAUCCGUUGACGUGGCUGAAAAUGAAUUUAGCUCAUCAUUCAGACGGAGCUCAACUGGUGUUUUAUUAUCUCCGGAAGUUACAGAAAAUGACGUGAUCUCGUCAACAUCAAAAAAUCUCGCCGGUGAAGCAAAUGAAAGUGACGGCUUUUAUUUAUUAAAGAAAGAUUCUCAACGUCGACAAACUCUAUCAAAGGUUCUUUCGCAAGACGAGAAAAAAAUUUGCGAAGUUUGGAUGGAGAAGAUUGCAAAUGAUCGGUCUGAAAAAAUUGUUCUUAAUAUCUCUCAUCUUGAAACCUUAAUAGGGAUACUACGCGAUUACAUCACAGAUCAAAAGAAGGAAGGAUUAAAGAAAGCUUUGAUUCAAUUAAAAAAGGAAUUAGAUUUUGAUCCAACAGCAAUUGAUCAUCUCCACUAUGCAUUAUUUAAAUUUCAAGAUGCAGUCAAUACUGUGUUGAGAAGCGUUAGCAUUAAACCACAUUGGAUGUUUGCACUGGAUAACUUGGUUAAAUGUGCCGUCCAUGCAGGAUUAAUGGUUUUAUCUCCAGAACUCGGUGCAAAUUUGGCUGGAAGUGAUCGAGAUUUUGGGUAUGGAGAUGAUGACGACGUCGAUGAACUCUCAAACUCAGGAAUAAGUACUGUUAAUUCAGCAAAAAUUAAGCAUCACAAUGUUAAGGAAAAUUACGAUAAUAAGAUUUUAUUAGAACAAUUGAAAAUAUUGAAAAGUGAAAAUUCAAAGCUUAUUAAUGAACUGUUGGAAUCUCAUAAAAGUCUUCAGAACUUUUUAAAGUCAAGCGAAAGUGGUGUUGAUGCACUAAAGAUAAUUGUACAACAGUUUACAACAUUUACUCGAAAUUUUGAAAGAAGUAUUUCUUAUGGUUAUUAUAGUGACGAUCAGAAUACAAGGAAGACAUCACUUUCUGUAGAAACGACACCAAGUACAGAGGAUAACAAUAUUGAAAAAACAGUUCACAAUAAGCUUCAGUUACCGUUAUUUAAGAAUCCACAAUUAAAAAGUCCUUUGAGACAGUGCCAUGAUAUGAAAUUGGUGGAAUGGUUGACUCGAAAUGGUUUUGAUGAAGAAUCCAGAGUAGCCAUUGGAAUUGCCGAUUUCACCUAUGAAGAUUUUAUUUACUUUUCCGAUAAAGAUGAUAUUCGUAGAAUUGGUUUGAGAGCCGGAACAGAAGUUCGAAUUUGGAAACUAAUUCUUGCUCAUCGCAAAAAAUAUUGCAGCUAUCAAGUAGAGCUACAACGUACUAUGACUGACCAAGUGAUAAAUGGAUAUCCUAGUGAAACAAGUUGCUUCAAUAGCUAUGAUUCUACUUCAAGCACCACUAAUAGUUCUUAUGACUCUUGUGAAUAAAAUGAAAAAAUAAUUAUUAAAGUGCAACUAAGAAACUUGUGUGCAUGCUUUAUUUUUUAUAAUGUUUACUAAUUUUUGUUGUUAUGAUGAAUAAAUGAAACAUUUUUUUCUUGUUUCUGAGACAUUAAUACAC